CCGCCCCCGGGCCGGCGCCGCCCGGGCAGUGCGCAGGCUCGGCUCGGCUCCGCACACCCCAUCAUGGCGCUGCGGCGGCCGGAGCUGCUCCGGCUCCUGCUCCUGCCCCUGCUCGGCUGCAGACUCUUGGCUGUGGAGCUGACAUCCAGCAACACCAAGCCCGUGGUGCAGGAAUUCCAAAGUGUGGAGCUGUCCUGCAUCAUUAAAUCCACCGUGACGCCAGAUCCCAGAAUCGAGUGGAAGAAAAUCCGAGAUGGAGAAACCUCUUAUGUGUUUUUUGACAACAAAAUGCAGGGAGACUUUGUGACUCGGGCAGAGAUCCUGAGCAGGACGUCCCUGGUGAUUAAGAACACCACGAGGAUGGACACGGCCACGUACCGCUGCGAGGUGGCCGCGCCCUCCGACACCAAAACCAUCGACGAGAUCAACAUCCAGCUCACAGUGCAAGUGAAACCCAUGACUCCCAGAUGCUCUGUGCCUAAGGCUGUCCCUGUUGGCAAGUCAGCCUCUCUUCACUGCCAUGAGAAUGAAGGUUUCCCCAAGUCCACCUACAGCUGGUACCGCAACAGCGAACCUCUGUCAGCCGACAGCAAAGCCAAGCCCCACAACUCCUCCUACACCCUGAACCCUGCCACAGGCACUCUGGUUUUCCAUGCAGUGCACAAAGGUGACACAGGUCGUUACUCCUGCAUAGCAACAAACGAGGCUGGCUUUGCCAAGUGUGAGGAGCAGGAGAUGGAAGUCUAUGACCUCAAUAUUGGUGGGAUAAUCGGGGGAGUCCUGGUGGUCCUUGCAGUCCUGGUGCUCAUCACUCUUGGGAUCUGCUGUGCCUACAGAAGGGGAUACUUUGCAAAUGGCAAAGAGAGUGGGGAAAGCUACAAGACUCCAGCAAAGCCUGAUGGCGUUAACUAUAUCCGGACAGAUGAUGAGGGCGACUUCAGACACAAGUCUUCAUUUGUCAUCUAAGACGCCAAAAGGAAAUUGCAAACCAGCAAAAGCAAGUGUGAAAAUACCUCCUCCAGGAACUCAAAGCAAGAGCAAAAGAUUAAUUAAGUGCGCUUGGAAGAGUUUGGAACACACAAGAACUCGACAGCUAGCUAUCUGUGUAUCUUUUUUUUCUUUGCCAAAGUUUAAAGUAACUCCUCACUGCCCAACUCGCGUCUCCCCUGCCUCUGGAGAUACCAACAGGAUCACCCAAACCUGUCCUUGGACUGAGGAAAGGUUUCAGUCCUUCCCAAGAGACUGGGCUGUGUGAAGUUUGUGGAAUUGCCUUCUCUUUGUGCUGCAGGGACACAGCCACAAUGUGCAAACCCAGCAGGGGCACAGCAUUAGGUCAACCUGUAGCAGACAGGAGCAGUAACGUGUCACCAGUAGACAAAAAAAGGUGCUGAUACAGCACUAGAUGGACUUCAGAGAGUGAGAUCUGGGGGAUUUCCUCCCAACAGCUCAUUGCCCAGGCCUGGCUGGUGACUUUUCCACAUCUGUGAUAGUCUUGUGCUUGGCUCUGACAGCUCAGGUGCCCAGGGGGGUCUGUGCCCAGCCACCAGUGACAGUGAAACCACCACUAAUGCCCUGAGCCCUUCUGUAAGCAUCCCCAAAUGCUGUUCUAUUUCACAGGACCCCCAGGGCAGGGCACUGCCUCUGCUGCCUGCCUGGCAGGGCUCCUGCACCCAGGUAACCCCUGGUUCUAAUCUGCACAAAGCAGGCUUGGCUCCUGCGUCCUUCCGUGGGGAAAGAGGCUUACAGGGGAGGCACAGAACCAGUGCUAAGACAUCCCUUUCAGGAAAAUUAAAGCCAAAUAAUUUCCUGGGCUAAGAUUGCCAUAAAAGGUACUGAGAGAUCCUCCAGCUUUUUUUACCUUCUCCGUUUAUUUUGUAAAACCCCAGCUUCUAAAUUUUUUGCAAAGAUCUAUUUUGAUUACUUCAGAAAAGGUAACAUUUCUAUUUAAAAGUGUAAAUACGUGAUGCCAGCAGUGUUUGAGCAAGGGAGCUAUUUUUUUACUGUUGAAGCUACAGGAGAGGAGCUCACACGUUGCUAUAGUGUGGCACUGUCAGAGCAUAUCAGUAUUAGUGCAAAGUGUAACAAAAAGCUGCAGGUGGAACAGCAUCUCUUUCCUCUUCAGCCAGCUUCAGCCAUUUCCUUGUCACAAGAGGUCUUACCAGACACAGAACAGAGUCACUCAGGGAUAGUUUUUGUAAAUUUAUGGCAGGAGCUAUCAACUUUUUUAUAUGAAAAAAAAAAAAAAUUCUUGCCGGUUACCAACACUUUGUUUUUGUCGUUGCAAGAAAUAGCCAGGAUGGCUUUUGGGUUCAGUUCCAAAGAGGUGACAGAGUGACUUCAGUGUUUGCUGCCCCUCUGCAAGUUCCCUAAAGCACUAACACAGUGUGACAGCUACAGCAGCUCGGCAGGGUUAAACCACAUGGCCAAGGCCACUGUUUCUGGGGUUGGGAAAGCAAAAGCUCAACACAAAAGCACUUUUACAGUGACAGCUGAAAUUUUUCUCUUGAUGGUAAAGGAAAAAAAAAAAAUAAAAGCAAAACCAGCCAAAUUUGGUUCUCUUGGCUUUAGAGAGAAUGAUGGGGAACAUGUGUUUCCCAAAAUAUCCAUGUUGAUAGUGUUGAACAGCAUUGGGUGAGACCAGGCUGCAAGAUGUGGAUGCAACACUAGGACUGUGCUGUGGUUUAGGAAGUUUUUUAAUGUAGCAGAAUUUAGUGUUCUUGUAUUUCCAAUAUGAAUUGAGUUGUCUUAACUUUUCCUGUAUACAGUAUUUUGGAUACUUGACAAUUUGGACUGUCAGUGUUAUUUUUUCGUGUUCUGCUUUACUCUGCUUUGUCUCCUAGAGCCCUCGCUGGACAUGCCAUUGCUGCAUUUGUUCCACCCAAACCAAGCAUUGCCACUUGUCCCUUUGCCAGGGGAAGCAGAGACAAGGAUGGGGCAGCCCCAGCCAGGUGUUCUCUGUGUAACUCACACAUCACCACUGCUGUUCUGCAGCUUCUCCCUGGUUACCUUCUAAUGCCAGCUCUUCAGCCAAGCCACCCAGUGCUGAUUGCUGCCUCUAAUUGUUCUGACAUUCCUUUGCACCCUCUGGGCAUCCACUGCUCCUCUGUGCUGCUUUCAGGGUACCUGCAAUAAAGGAGAGAGAGGAAAGGGUUGGACCAGGGUAGCUCUGGGAGCACAAUCUGCAGCCCCACCAAAGACAGCCUUCGUGUGACAAACCAGCAGAGCUAGGAAUCCAAACUAUUUUUUUUUUCCAGUUCUAAAAUGCACAGUGGCAUCUCUAACGAGAGAAAGGGGGAGAGGAUCCCCCCACCCAGCUCGUGAGAGCUGAUGGAUGGAAUUCAUUGUAUCAUUGUGAAUAAUAGUCAGGUUUGUACUAAUGUAUUACCUUUAACUUUGCCAAGAAUGUUUUACAUAAAUACCAAGCUAUAAAGCA